CCCCUUCCUUCCUCUCCAUACUAUUCCUUCUUCCUCCCUCCCAUCCCAUACAUGGCCACAAUCACUGAAACCAAACUAACCAUUCCCAGCUCUGAAAUCCAUGAAGCACACGCUGAAGAAAUGAACUGCUCAAACAGAUCCCAGUGGCUCAGAGCUGCAAUCCUCGGAGCCAACGAUGGUCUGGUUUCCAUUACUUCUCUCAUGAUAGGAAUUGGCGCUGUAAAACAAGAUCCAAAAGCCAUGAUUUUAUCAGGCUUUGCAGGCUUAGUAGCAGGGGCUUGCAGCAUGGCCAUAGGAGAAUUUAUCUCUGUGUACUCUCAGCUUGACAUUGAAGUCGCCCAGCUGAAAAGAGACAGCAAGGUGGAAGCUUUAGCUGAUCAGGAAAGCUUGCCAAGUCCAGUUCAGGCGGCAAUGGCGUCCUCCAUGGCUUUCUCCAUAGGAGCUUCUGUGCCCCUGUUAGCGGCCGGGUUUAUAAGCAGUUAUGAGGUAAGAAUUGGGGUGGUAGCAGCAGCAGCCAGUUUGGCUUUGGCAGUAUUUGGCUGUGUUGGAGCUUUGCUUGGAAAAGCUCCUGUUUUGAGGGCGGGGAUUAGGGUUUUGAUUGGAGGGUGGGCCGCCAUGGCCGUGACCUUCGGGUUGAUGAAGCUGUUCAGAUCGGGUAGGCUUUAGUUAAAGCAGCUUGCUUUCUGGAUUUCUUAUGAUGUUUAUGUUGAUCGAUGAAAUAAUUUUUAUCUAAACAUGUGCU